UGUUCGCGCCGUCGUUGGAGUUAAUUUGAAUUUUGAUUACGUGAGCAUUCUUUAGAACUCUUUUGCUUCGAAAGGUCAUAAGUUUAUCAGUAACGGAAAGCAUGCUCGUAUAAAGAAUUCAAGAGUUAAUAUAUUUAUUUGAAUUAAAAAUCGAAAUAAGUUUAUAUGUGCGAAAACCGAAAAAAAGGAAUUCAAUUAAGUAAAUCCCAGUUUUGUGGAUUCGUCUGCGCUAUUUAAUGCGAAGUGAUUACUAUUUUAAAUGAGAGGAACGCGCUAAUGGUUAUCAUCGAAUUUCGGACAUAUUAAAAUAAGUAUCAAAUAUUUGCUUGUCGAGUAGAAAAGUCAGCGAAAUUAAUCAAAGUGAUUUCAUCGUGAAAGUGAAUAAACCUCCUUGCCGCCAGAAUGAUGGGCAGCAACUCUUCAUUAAAGUUUACCAAAUGUAUCUCCUGUAUAGUGUUUCUAUUAAUGCUCCAAGUCGAAUUUGGCUUAACUGUAAGAAAAAAUCCGCUGAAAGAUUCUAGAAUUUGUGGCCGACCCGAUUGUAAUGCGAGCAGAAAAGGAAAGUUUAGCUAUUUAGUUAACAAUGUCUAUAAUUAUGAUUACACGAUAGAACUUCGUACGCUAUUUGUGGGCUCAGGGGAGAACGUUUCAAAUCUUUUCCUUAGAGCUAACGUAGAUUUCUUAUAUCCAAGUGCUUGCGAGGCCUAUUUACGUAUUAACGAAGUAAAAUUGUGGGAUAAACCAGGUUUUCAUGAUAAUUUAAAUCCUGCGAGUACGAGCGAUGACUUUUAUGACUACUAUGGAGAACUUGAUAAGGAACUCGCAGCCGCAUCCGCUGAGGAGACAAACACAGACGAACAUCAAAAAAGCAAAAAACUUGAAUCGGAUUUGAAAGCAAAUUUAUUGCGAUUCGCUUUCCACGAUGGCCGUAUUAGUGAGUUAUGUCCUCGAACGAAUGAACAAAACUGGGUGCUUAACUUCAAACGGGGAAUUCUGUCAACUUUUCAAAACACUAUGUUACGCUUUGAUAUCGAUUUCAAUACAACUGAGACUGAUGUGUCUGGUACUUGCGACGUGCAGUAUUCCUUAGAGACAACGGAUAAUGUGUUUAUUACAAUAAGCAAACGUAAGAAUAUGGCCAGUUGUCGCAAUAGAUACUCGACGCAUACCAUAUUACAAACGACUCCAUACACUUUCCGUGAAGAUAAAACCAUUUGGCCAAUUUUGGAUUCGGAAAGCUAUUGUAACAUGACAAUUGAUAACAACAUUUAUCGCAACAUAAGUUGCCAUGAACGUUACCAAUUGAUGCCAUUUUCGAAUGCAACUUCCGGCGCCGUAACCACGUCGAGCCAUAAAUUGGAAUUCAAAGGAGAAAGUUCAAAUAAUAAUCAAGAGUUCCCCUAUCAAGAUGGCGAACUUGUAGAAAAACGUUCAACGCUCUUAUUUGAUCACACUCCUGUCGCUAAACCUACACAUGGAGAGAUAAAGGCCUCACGUGAACUCUUAAAAGAAAUGUGCACGUUGGGAUUUCCAAAAAUUCAACGUGAAUUUAUUGACGCUUUCAUACGAUUUCUGCAGACAACUAAGCAUCUUGAUUAUAAAGCAUUGACUCAGCUAUUAGCCCGUUCUGCUAGUAUUUGCGAUCAUGGCAAGAACCACGUUUUGGAAUCUUUGCCCUACAUUGGUAGUACAGCUGCUUAUCAAGUAAUGCGAGAUCAAAUUAUUAGCAAUGGAAUAUCAAAAAAUCUGGCACGCAAUUGGAUGACUUCACUUUCAUUCAUUCAGAGGCCCAAUGAGGAAACACUCGAGACUUUUUACACAAUUCUCGAGUUUUCACGUAAGAAAAUCGACCCAGAAUAUACCUUAGGUGCUUCAGCAGUCGUCCACAGUUUUUGCAGACAUAAUGAGAAUUGCGGUGACCAUCCUAGAAUACGAAAAACUACGAAUUUAUUGGAAACGGAAUUUUUAAAUCUUUUUAACAUGUAUCGCGGUGAGCGACGCUCACGCGAACGUAUGAUAGUAAUACUUAAGAGUCUUGGAAAUAUUGGUAUCGUUUCGGGACCGUUCGCAGCUCAACUAGAAGAUAUAAUUGUUGACGAUGCCACUGCUAUUGACAUUCGUCUUCAAGCCGUAUUGGUUUUCCGCCGUGUCGAUUGCGAAAAGUACCAACAAUUUUUCUUAAACACCUACGCAAAUCAUACAAUGAAUUCAGAAGUCCGAAUUUUAACUUAUUUACAAGUGAUGCGUUGCCCUAACUAUGCAGUUAUAAACCGCAUAAAGACAAUCCUGGAGGGCGAAGAAGUUAAUCAGGUCGGCUCGUUUGUUUGGUCACAUCUAAAAAACUUAGCCAAGUCAUCCUCGCCCGUUCGUAUUGAAGCCCAAGGUUUACUGCUUAAUGACGAUCUGUCAAAUAGGUUUAAGCUGGAUAUACGCAAGUUUUCUCGAAAUUACGAACAUUCGUUAUUUUUCGAUGAGUACAAUUUUGGAACCACGACGGAUUUGAAUUUAAUCUUUGGAACGGACUCUUAUUUACCACGCACUUUUAGUUUAAAUUUUACAGCCGAAUUAUUUGGGCAAUCAGUGAAUUUUUUUGAUUUCUCUGCGCGGGCCGAAGGUUUUGAAGAACUAGUAACAUCCAUAUUUGGUCCGAAGGGGCCAUUAAAUCGUGAAAUUUUUCGGAAAAAAUUUUCCUUUCUUAAUCGCUGGUUGGGUAAUGAGAGUUCAGAAGACCUAGAUGGUUUGGAUAAUAUCUUAAGCAUUGACGGUUUACGCUUGAAACGUAGCAGUACUCAAGAAUCGAGAGAAAAUAUCGAAAUUAUUGAUGAUUAUGACGAUGACGAAGAAUCGAAUAGAUAUAAACGUUCGCUGGCAAAAGACUUUAGACAUCGUAAAGACCAGAUUGAAAGUGAAAUUAAUAGCAUGAAUUACAAACUCAACUAUAAUUACAGCAAUCCGCGCACACAAAUUGGAAUACGAAUAUUCGGCAACGAUUUGUGGUACCAUUCGUUAGAAGGAAUAACGGAAUUUAAAGCAUUAACAAGGGAACUUGAUAUUUUCCAUCAGAUUUCGAAAAUUCUUUCUGGUCAAGAAGUUACAUACACCAAGUCACGGGUGCUUCUGGAUGCAUCGUACAAUGUUCCAAUGGCUAUUGGCUUACCGCUUGGUGUUAACGCUCUAGCGGCUUCGUCGAUAGACUUGCGAAUUUCCGGUAAUUUGGACCGAAUGGAACCGAAUACUGAUUGGCAUUUCGAUUUACAAGGUAAAUUUAAACCGUCUGUCUCUGUGGAUGUCAUUGCAACACUGCAAGCCGAUAUGUUCUAUGCGGUGUCGGGAAUCAAAAUAAAAGGAAAUUUAUAUUCAAAUUCAGAAAUUGAGGCAAACUUAAAGAUAAGAGGUAAAAAUUUGGUAUCUUUCUCAUUCGACUUACCACAAGAAACCAAUGAAAUAUUCAGUGCAAGAUCUGAACUGAUUGUAUUAGCCGAAGACGAAGAGAUAUCUCAAGUUGGUAUAAGCCAACGACGUUCUAACAGUACAUGUACGUGGCCAGUACUCAACAGAGCUUUAGGCUUACAAAUUUGUUCACAUUUCAGUGUUCCUGAUCUUUCAAACUCACCGAACAUUAUAUAUCCUAGCUUGCUAUUAAGUGGUCCCACAAAUUUCAGCAUAAUUCUUAAGAAAUCGGAUCCAACUGCUACACGGUACGUUUUCGAAUAUAAUUUGGAACAAGAAGGUAACAGUUCAAAUUGGUCGCUGUUAUUUCAUACCCCUGGAUCCGCGGUAACACGCGUAUUAGUCACUAAUGUUACUACAAUUCCUGAUGCCUUCAAUGCUUCAGUUGCAUUUGUCAGUGGCGGGUCGAAGACUUCGGCUGGCUGCAGUUAUGUUACUAACCCAGAUAAACGUCAAUUGGACUUCUUCCUCGAUACAAAUGGAAACAAAAGCUUAGAAAUGAAUAUGGAAUUGACACGCUCGCAGGAACGAACGACGUGGAUUUAUACGCCGAAAAUGCUGUUGGCUGUGAAUGGUGUUAACAUAACAGGUCUAAUAGGAACUGUCCGUACGACGGAAAAAAACGGCAUCAUGCAAAAUGAUUUCGAAAUUUCGUUUGAAACGAAGAAGUUACAAGCUCUUCUUCGGGGCAGCUAUGUUCAGACUGAAAUUACGGCAUUAACAAACGUGACAAUUACCUACAGGUUUCAGGCAAAUAAAAUUGAAUCAAUUAACUAUGAAAGCAAAUUGACCAAUGUCGGGGACAAAGCAAAAACUGAAUAUCGCGGUACUAUGAAAUUAAGGACAUCAGCAUAUCCAAAACUUAAUUUUGCUUCUAAUGGAACUUGGCUAAACCUACAGGGUCACUCGGAGGGUACGCUAACGUAUAAUAACGCCCCUGAUUUGAUGGAUCCUUUUUAUACUACUUCGAUGCGUUUGAUAUUCAUACGUUCUUACUCUGAAGAUUUUCCAAUUGAAGGAUGCCGUACACGGGCAAGUUUAGAAGUAAAAUUGCCUCGAUCCAAAGUGGAUUUCAGAAUUCUCUUAAAGCAUGAAGAACUUAGUAAAAACGGUACUGAGCAUAAUGCUUUACUAGGUUUUCGCUAUGCACCUGAAAAAGAAGCCACAGCCUUAUUUUCAGUGCAUCUACCAAGGAGGGGCCUCUUUGUCAUAGACAGCUAUAUGAAUGUUACUGUACCAGAAUUUAAUUCUUGCGUUGUUCAUUUGAGAGUGAACGAGAUUUCAGCCAAAAACUUUAUGAUCAAUUUUAAUGGUUCCUGGUUCACUAAUCACUCAAUAUCAGUUAGAGGAAAUUACAAAGAUAAAAGUUCCCGCGUGCAGUCGAUACAUCGCGUAAAACUUAUACUAGAGAGCCCAUCCUUUGAAAUAACAUCUAUUAAAAUGCUAUAUCGUCGUAAUCAGUUACUAAUAUAUACCGAUGUUCAAGCACAUUAUGCUAAGGAUCCCUAUAGUUUAACUGCCCAGUAUUCAACAAAUCCUACCAACAAUAAUUCGAAUGCUGCAGUCCGAGUAAAGGUUAUGGAUCAAGACUAUUGGACCAAUAUUAAAUUGCUUUCUGAAAAGCCAAAACUUUUAGAUAUUGAAAUUCAUCUGGACAAGAUUCGUGACGUUAGCGCUAAGCUUGAAAUGAUUUCAUUAGAACGCCGAAAAGAAUUAUCUGUUGAUCUUAAGUGGGAUGCUAAUCGUGAUCCUUCACAACGUUUGGGCCUAUCAGGGGAGUAUAGUAAUCCUGGUGAUGGUCAGUAUGUUUCUAAUAUUAUGGUCACGUACCCUGAUCGCACGAUUAGUAGUGGGUUUGAUGUGUACACUGGCGGACCUGAAUAUUACGGUUCAUUUCGAAGCAGCUGGAGCAGUAAUGAGAUAAUUGUUCUUAGCUACAGCGCUGGCGUGAUGCCUAGUAAAAAUAUACAUAAUUGGAUUCGGGUUCAGUUGAAGACUCCAUUUGACGGAUGGGCUGAAAAUGGCUUACAAGCAGGAGUUUAUACUAAUGAUCGUCUCAUUCUUGUAAAUUCAUCUCUUCUGUGGGCGGAAGAUCAAAGUCUGGACUUUGCAUAUAAAAGUGAUUAUGAAUUUAAUGAGCCAAUUACGAAUUUGGACUUAUAUUUCGGUAUAAAUAGUACAAUUAAAGAUGUUCCAAUAAUAAAUAUUAAGUUAACACAUUGGCAAAAUAUGAAAAAGUUUGAUACAGACUUUAAAUUGAGAUACAGCGACUCCAACAGCAGUAUUAAUGUCUAUAGCAUAAAGUCCCUCUGGGAAUUGUCAAAGCAAGCAGGUUUCCAAAACAUAACUGGUACUAUGUUUAUGUUGAGUCCAUUCGAGGGUUACCGAAAAGGCGGUUUAGCAACCAAGUUCAUGUUUAAUGAUCGGCGAGAAAUCAAAGGAGCAGCUUCACUUGACUUUGACAUACGCGAAUUCACGCUUGCAAUCGACGGUUAUAUUCGUAGAUUUUCUGACAACAUGUUAACAAUAAACAUAACAACACCUCUUGAAAACUUUCGCAGUAUUAACGGUAGAUUUGGAUUAAAUGAUAAACGACGUCAUGCGGUGGCAGAAGUAAGAGCACCUUUGGGAGUAGUAGGAGCCGAAAUACUUUGCGAUAUAAUAUCUAUGACAAAUUUUGAUGUCAAGCUAAGUAUCGCCGCACCACUGGACAACUUCCAGCAGGCAGCAUUAUUUGGCAAAAUAAAGCCCGACACACUUGAUAUUCAUGGUAUUUGGAAUAAUGCAACACUAGGCUUUACGGGCGUUUGGCGUCGCGCGAAUAGAACGGACUUUGAGUACUCAUAUACAGUGUUCACGCCCUUGCAGGGUUUCGAACAAAACGGUUUCAUUGUAAAAUUUACUAAGAAAGACGUUUUUAUUUUGCAUUUACAUGGAAAAUUAUCCAAGUAUAAAUUGGGAAUAAAAAUCGAUGGUACGCCUAAAUCCAAGCUUCUUAAUCUGUUGGGUGGCAACAAAAUUGAACUCGAAAUAUUGUACGAUGACGACUUCCACCCGCCUAAAAUGGAUGUUUCUGAUGAUUACGAUAUUGAUGACUUGGAUUAUGAUGAGUUUUUCUCAUAUUUCGUCGACUUUGAAAUUGAUACCGUUGUAUGGCCCACGAUUCAUGGGAAAGUGGAUAUGCAGGAAAUUAUGGACUAUUACCUUAUAAUGGGUAAUAUACAGUUGCCACAAGGACAAAUUGAAUUUAAGGAUCGACUGUUUUUUCCAGAUUACGUCACAGUUUUAAAUGUACUCACUAUAAAUACACCAUUUGCAGCAGCUCCGCAACUGAAGUCUAUUAUUGAAUAUCACACAGACAUAUAUUUUAAACAUUUAUACGAGAAAAUACAAUUCGUUGUUACGGAUCUUGUUCAACCACCGAGUGUAAUGGGAAUAGAAUUUAAUUAUACAAAAAUCGAGGAUUCUGUAAAGCCGAAAGAACAUGAGAUCAAAAUUAACAUAAAAACUCCGUUCAAUGUUCUGCCCGAAAUAGCAAUCUGGGGCAGUUUAGAAUUAGAAGAGAACAUAUAUAGGGGCAAUAUCUCAUCUCGAACUAUAAACACCUUUAUUUCGUUGGCAACAUCCGUAGAGUCUGAAGAGCAAUUUUUUGAAUCAAGUGUAGGUGUGAUUCUCGAUUCUAAUAUCAUACCCCAUUACAGCUGCCAUGGAUACAUAAAAAAAGAUUUUAAUGAAAACGACAAUACCGUAAUUAUACAAUUUACGGUUACAGACAAUCAUACUGUAAAUGAACUUCAUAUAGAAUCGGCUUGGUUUAAAGAUGUAUCUCACCUAGUGAAUGCGUAUGGAAGAAUCAAGACAACAAUGCUUCCUCUGAAGUUAGCGGAAUUAUCUAUAGUUAUUACUGAAGGCGAGAAUCCGAGGCUUAGUUGCGAUUUGACUCUCAGCAGCUGGGAAGGGCAUCAUGUUACUUAUGGCUCGCGAGCAAUCAAAAAGGACGACACGUUCAAUGUGGAAAUCUGGACACCCAUCGAAGAAUAUCGGAAUAUUUCAAUGCACGGCUCAAUUUUGCCAUCAAAGGACAAUAAGGACGAAUACCAAAUAUUUGGGAACCUAUAUAGAAAUAUGGCUACCUAUGCAAUAGCGGGUGUAGUGAAAACGAAUGAAAAGUAUCCAACCGAUGCUAGCUUACGUAUUCAAGACCGUAAUGGCGGCAAAGGAACUGUAUCGCUCAGCGUACGCGAGUUCGAUCGUACUACGUCUAAAGAUUUAAAAUUCAAUUUCGAUGUCAGUGAAAAUAAUGGCAACAAAUGGCAUAUAUCCGGUAUUUACUCGUUACAAGACAAAAAUACUGUAGAGGUUUUAACUACGAUAAAAUCAACGGUGCCCGAUAUAAAACAUAUCGAUUUUCGGGGAAAAAUGAUUGCUCACAACAGCAGCCACGUUAUUAGUGACAUUAGUUUAGAUACACCUUGGAAAGAAUUCGGAAUAGAUUCCGUUCAUUUGAAUUCGAAUUUUUCUGUUCUUAAAUACGGAGGAAAUGUGGGUGGCGAAUAUCGCAUUGGACAGAGUAUAGGCCGUGGUUGUUUCCAAUGGUCGUGGUUGUUGGCUGAAAAUAUGCAACUUCUUCUUAAGAGUUAUAUGGAACGCCCUAAUGCAGGUCCAAGGGCUGUACAUGUCAGUGCGAAAUAUAUAAACCCGAAACAAAACUUUCAACAAGCAGAAACAGGAGGAGAAUUGGAUGUUGACUCUAAAUGGAAAUUAAGCUUAAAUGGCUUGCUCAAUUAUAUGUCCACUGAAGAUAUUCGCGUCGGUCUCGACGCCGCUUUGCCACCACCAGUUGGAGAUAUGCAUCGAUUUGAUCUAAAUUAUCGAGGCAAUUUAAUUAGCAAACGAGGUCAGGGACCACAAUUAUUUUUGGAAGGAAGUUAUAAUUCGGAUAUUGCUCAGAGAAAAUGUCUAGGCCGUAUAUCAUAUAAGAAUUCAACGGAUCUUCACGGCUUAGGUCACUUAGAAUGGGGAACAUUAAGCAAUAUAUCGACGAUAGCAGGCGAUUUUCAUAUGUUGCAGAAAUCUGAACGUCGCCGUGAGUUCCAUGCCAAAAUGUCUACACCAAUGCAUAAGAAUGAGGACACUUUCUCCAUGAACGGCAUGUACGAUAUGAAUGAAAAGGAUUAUCACAACUUGGUGUGUGCGAUAAAUUAUCCAGCAUCCCAGCAAAUAGCGGAUUUUGACAUCUUCUUCAGUACAUUCUCGAACAUGCACGGUUUUCUAAAUAGCACAACACCGUUUACGAACAUGAGUUGGUUUAAAGCAGAUUUUAACUUUACUACAACCACCGAUGAGACUUUCCGGUAUUGCAAAGGCACUUGGCCAACAGACACAGCUUUCUUUGAACUUCACAAUAUCAACACGACUCAAUCAUUAAAUAAGAAUCUUAAGGGUGGAAUACAAAUUGAAAUACCUUUAGCUACGAGGCAUAAGACUGAUGUCAAAUACAAUUUCAAUGAAAAUCCCUCAAUUGACGAUGGAUUCUUGAAGAUAUUUUACAAUAAUAAUGAAAUUCUUGACGGAGUUUACAAUUGUACAGAUGAUCGCGGGGACCCACUUCGUACAAAGACAAUCAAUAUGCGAAUACAAAAUGAUUUGAAACCGCUAGGAGUUUAUUAUACGCAUAAAAAAGAUAUAAGUCGACCUGUUGAAAUAAUGGAUGAAAAGCAUCUUGAAGUCUAUGAGCUGCAGAAUGCGUUGAAUUUCAAUUUGACAGGAGAACUGCAUACCUUAACAAGACCAGAUGGACAAGAACUUAAAAUCAUAGCUAUUCAUCCCAAUCGAACAGUAAUAGUAACGACGAGCUAUGAUAUGUUGGACGAGCGCAUUCUAAAACAUCGAAGUAAAUUGGAAUUAUCAGCAACAGCCUGGAUUGGUUAUAAUAUAUUAUUGAAGAAUUACACUACGCUUGGCAAUGAUUCUGGAAAAUUCGCAAUCGAUUUGUUUUAUCCUAAACGCAAUUUAUCCGCUGAAGGAUGGUAUUACGUUACUGAAGAGAAAAUUUCAUCAGAUGUACUCUUUAAAUGGGCUAACGUAAAUUCAUUUAAGAAGAAUGCGAAAGUUUUGCGUACUGGACUUAUUUGGCAGGCGGAACCUUUAGUUAACGAUGAUAAGGAGCAUCAAACAGUGAUUGUUACGGUGGGUCAUCCAGACUUGGAGAAGGACGUGGUUAUGAAAGCAAAAUAUUAUCGCGGCAUUUCUGAACUCCUCAAAGUCGAUUGUGUGAUCGAUUAUUCGGAUGAGCCAGACCAUUUAAUAGGUGUAGGAUUAGUUUUGAAAGACAUGCAUCAGUAUCUUGGUAGCACAAACUAUUUACUUCAAUUGAAUGCUCACCAUAUGGCCUCGGAUUUGGAACUUCAACUCAAUGGCACAGUAAUAAUGGAGCCGACACUUUACAUGACCAAAUUCGAUGCGAAUUAUAAACGUUCGUUCUACGACGACAGACGUGGGCAAUUUUUAACUUCGCUUGACGUGGAUAAAAAGGAAAUCGAAUAUAUUCGUGAAUCUCCGCAUCGAUCGGUGAGAGUGUGGGCUAUACCUACUCUUAAUUUUCCUUUAUAUGGACUAAACGCAACUAUUUGGGACACUCCAGACAUGAACGAUACAGGAUAUCUUUAUAUCGAUUUGGAGAAGAAGUUUAUAAGAGCCGAAGUGAACCUUACAGAGGACGCAAGUCAGAACUUGCAAUUGAUUGGCUUCAUACCAGAUGCCCGAAGCGGUUAUCUGGAUGUUUGGAGGAAUUACGAAGAAAUCCGCAUAAUCGAUAUUAGUUCGUAUUUGAAAAUGAAUCAUUCACGUUUGAUAACUGGACGAUUUCAUUGGCGACCUAAGCUAAGGGCUGAAAUUAAAGAAAAAAUAAAUACCAUUGGUAAUUCCUUAUACAAUUUAAUUUCGGAAGGUAUCGAUUUCUGGAUUAAAUCAUUAUACUCGGAAACAAUGGAAGCAAUUGGUAUCAUUUGGGAUACAACGAGAAAUUAUAAUCAAGCAUUUUUCGACGACAUAGAACAAUUAAGUGUUUUGGAGGAGGAUUUCCAAGAUUUGCGUCAAUUUGUAAAUGAAUCGUAUGAAGCCAAUGAUUUUUACAUAAAAACUGUGCUUAACUUUACGUUAACUAUGAUUGAUGAGCUUGCUAUUCGAGAUCACAUCGGCUCAUUACCAAAAAUAUUUACAGAAAUUUGGCAGGCCAUGGGGGAUUCAGGCAAGGCUAUACGUAACAGUAUUGCAUGGUUAAUUGAAACGGUUAAAAAAGCAUAUAAUAAUAUAUUAAGUGCUGUCACUCGUUUCUUUCAUGGCGAAUCUCUGCGCUAUUUAUCCGAUUUAAUGGAAAAGGGUGUCCACAAAUAUGAUAGAUUUAUAAAGGACUUACACAUUUCCUUUAUAAAAUACGUUGAAAAUCUGUGGAACAAAUUUUGGAAUAUGAUGGCAAAUUACUGGAAAAGCGUAUUGAAACGCUUGGAACCGUAUCUUUUCAAAUUUAUCACUUAUGCAGAGAAAGCUGCUUGGGAUCUUAGCAAGGAGCUUUUCGAUUUUAUUUAUAAGCGAACAAACGCACUCGCUGAAUCACCCUAUUUCAAUAAAGUGUCCAGUUUUACGCAAGAUGUUGAUCGUCUAUACAGAGAUAUCAAGUCACGCGAUGCCGUCUCAAAUAUGAAAAAAUAUUCAAAUAUUGCAUGGAAUUUCAUUAAAGAAAAGUACUUUAAACUCGUACCAUUCGGUGCUGAAUUGAAUGAAGUGCUGACUGAGAUUUGGGAAGAGAUUAAAGAAUUGCAAAAAAUCGAACAAGUCGAUUUGAUCGUACGGAAAUAUAAAAAGCUUAUGGAAAAGUUAGAAUGGGUAGCUGAAGAAUUACAGUUGGAAGUCCGUUUGCGUCAACUUUAUUACUUGAUAGCUAAUAAACUGCAUAAUUACGCUACCAAUGCUGUUGAAACGGCAGAUAUGUAUCGCGAGGCGAAAACAAAAUUUAUUUUCGAUCCUGACGUAGGAGUUAUGGAUAUCGAGCAAAAGUUACCAAUGUCUUGGCACGCGUUCAAUGAAACGCCUAGAUUUGCGGAAAUACCCGAGUACAAAUUGGUAGCAAAGAUACGAAACUUCUUUAAAACGACUAACACUUCGCUAAUACGUUACAUAUACAAUUUGCGACAACACUUUGAUCCAAAAACUUGGUUACCUCCAUAUCAAGGCCGAGCCCUCUUAAUUGGUUCACAUCAUUAUAUGACAUUUGAUAACCGUUUCGUGAGCAUGAGAAAAGAUUUUGAGCGAAAUAAUCAAUGUUUUUACUUGUUGGCACAUGAUUUCUUCCAAGAAAAUUUUACUUUACUACUCGAGCCCUCGGCAAAUCUGCAACAUAAUGCCAUGAUUCCUAGCAGGAAAUUAAGUUUCAUCGUGUCGGAUCAACUAAUAGAAAUCGAUUUUGGAAAUAAUCAUGUCAGCAUAAACGGCGAUUCAGAGAUAUUGCUACCUUUCAAAGCGGGCGAGGCUAUAGUGCACCGUGAAAAUGACAUUCUUACGAUUAGCUCGGGUACUGAGUUCAUUUUAAAUUGUAAUAUUCAGUUUGAUCUUUGUUGGAUUGAAAUAAGCGGAUGGUAUUUUGGUCAUACCGCUGGCGUAUUAGGUACGAUGAAUAAUGAACCUUUUGAUGAUUUGCUUACCUCCAAGCAUUACAUUACUGAGAAUGCCCAUGAAUUUACGGACUCUUGGAGUCUCGGCGGUUGCAAGGAAAAGACUAAACCUGUAAAUUUAGAACUAAGUGUAGCUGAAAAGGUGAAGAAAAUUUGCGAUGAUUUCUUCACAUCGGGCAUACUAUCUGCUUGCGCGGACACACUGGAUGUUAAACCGUUUUACGAAAUUUGCAUAGAUUUGGGAAGUGAUGCAAAUGCACUACAACCCGAAAAUCCAGUUAAUAAAGGAGCUUGUGCAGCUGCGUUAGCAUACAUAGAAGCUUGUACAAAUGCUCAUAUUCCUUUGCGUGUGCCGGAACAAUGCAUUUAUUGUCAACUCGAUAAUGGCUCCUUUGUAGGGGAAGGAACAUUUGUUCAAUUAAGUGACUCUCAGGUGCCACGAAGCAGUGAUAUUGUAUUUAUAGUAGAAGCAAAGCCAUGCAAUGAGAACCUCAUGGAGAACAAAAGCAUUAUGUCAGUGGUAUCAGUUCUAGAAGACCAACUGCUAUUACAACAAAUCUCCAAUAAUCGUUACGCGGUAAUUUCUUUUGGCGGCCUACCACCUUUUGAUAAACCUCGCAGCAUUUACCAUGAAAAUUCCGUAUUCACUGCAGACUAUAAUAAAUUAACGAAAUACUUCUCAUAUAUUAAAACCGGCAACGGCACAAAUCAUGACAUACUUCAGGCUAUUUCAACCGCAACACAUCUUAAUUUCCGCCCAGGUGUUUCGAAAACAUUCAUACUCUUACCGUGCAGCAAUUGUGCAUCUAAGCAUAUGCGUUUUGAUUAUACGUCGAUACUACAGUACAUGUUGGAAGAGGGUGUUAAUCUCCACAUCUUAGCUGACACUGAAUUUGAGUUCGAAAAGACACGUAAACUGCGACACUUUUUCGGUUUGGAUCGAAAUUUCGUCUAUUCAAAGCGUUUCCCCGAAGGCGAUGCUGAAGCUCGUCGCCAAUUGCAUAUAUCUAGAAAUAAUUUGGGAAUAUGCACUCCCCUAGCCCUGGAGACAGAUGGAACUGUUUUUAGCGCUCGAAGAUUAAUGCCCGAACGAAAAUAUCCAAUAAAACGUUUUGCCACAAUAUUCGCUAAACGAGUGGUUAAAACUGCAAUACCGAAAGUUAACCAGACGUGUGAAUGUUCUGGUUAUAAUACUGGUGUAGCUUAUCUAGCCUGCUCGCCCAGUACGAAUCUGGUUGAAGAUUUCGACAUAAACGAUUACGAAUCGGAAUUUGAUGACUGGGAAUCUCAAGAAGAUGAGGAUGACAUUCCUUCAUGGGUGUAAAUAGUGCGGAUUAUGAAAUUGAAUUUAAAAUGAACAAGAACAACAAGAAAAGAAAGAAAAUUGCUUGCUAUUCUCUAAGGAAGUAAUCGUUUUUUAUAUUAAAAAGAUUAGGAAAUAAAUUUUCUACUUUUAUCUAUCUA